CAACCAGGAACGCUCUCCUCGACUCAAUUCGCCCUCCGACGACCGAGAAGCUCUUUAACGUGACACAUCGCGUCGAAAACGUAGGAGACUGUCUCUUGCUCUGCGCGGCCGGCUCGCAUCCCGCACGCAUCGCAAGCUUUUGCAUUCGAGUUUGCCCGUCAACGUCCGCACGCAUUUCCCAUCGAGCUACGCAGCGUACGGUCACAGCCGAGACGUUCACGCUAUCGACGCAUACCUCGAAGGAAAAAAAAAAGGACUUAGACUCAACAAUGGUUCCAAAGCCUCCAGGCUCGUCCGCGGUCAGCAUCCAGAAGGCGCCGCGGCUACCGCCGCUGCCGCGCCUCAAGGUCAAGAAGCCGAACAAGACGCUGGAAAGCCCAUGCAUGGGUAUCAUGUCCUCGGUGCUGGGGUGCUGGGCGUCGAGCGGACAGGGCGCGAAAGCGUGCGCGGUUCUGGAGCAGCAGUUGCGGAUAUGCAUGGACCAGAAGGCGACGACGAAGCCACAGGGGAACAACAUCAACUACCAUCUGCAACGAUUCUACUCGCGUGUCGUUGGGCCGGAGAAGAAGAAGAAAUAGACGGGACAGGUGUUGGGCGAUCGUGUCUUUAAUGUUUAGCGGCAUAGUUUAUUUUACUUUUUUUUACAGGCGCCUUUUGUCCGCGGACGUCCUUGGGCGCAUGUGUGCUCAGAGUGUAAGAUAAUACGCACUGUCGAUAUGAAUGAAACUCUGCUAUCAAGAGCGUGACUUGCUUCGAAUUUGGGCAUCAGAAUUGGAAGGCAUUUGAAACGUUCAAGCACGGCUCCCCCUCGCACACAGUUGAAUCGCGACGGGGACAACGUGAGCCUGCCAUUGAGAGACACGAUGUGGAAUGUGAAUGGUGGGGAAAAAAGCCUUUGAAUGAUUGAAAGAGGUGACUUGUCGGACUGGGAGAUGGAAGUGAUUCGAUAGCAUUUACAUAGACUAAUCGGUUCUGGUAUCAAUAAGAAGUCUCCCGCUCGAGACACGUCCGCACGCUCUCAAGAGAGUGGCAGC